AUGACAACCACGGACAAAGGGCGACAGGCGAUGGACCCGACGCACGCAGAACCGAACCUCUUUGGCGAGAGAAGCAGUGGUCGUUGUUGUGACGGAAAAAACCGACCGCGGUUGGACUGGGUUGGUUUGGUUACUGCAGCUCCCGUCGACAUAAAAAUUACAGCAUUUACACUAUAUGCUCAAUUAUUAUUUAUUGAUAAUGCGUAA